AUGUCUAGCAAAAUUAUUGACCGUGAGGUUUUACCUACAAAUGUUACUCCAUUACAUUAUGAUUUACAGAUUGAACCAAACUUCAAGGAUUUUACUUUCAAAGGUAUCGCCAAGAUUGAAUUGAAAAUUAAUGAUAAGAACGUCGAUUCCAUCCAAUUGAAUGCUUUAGACAUUGAAAUUCAAUCCUCUAAACUUGCAUCCAAUAUUGAACCAUCUCAAAUUGUCCCAAAUAAGGAAACUCAAGUUGUUGAUUUUAUUUUCCCAGACGGAACUCUAUCGAAGGUUGGUGAAUCAACUACUUUAGAAUUAAAUUUCACUGGUAUUUUGAACGAUCAAAUGGCAGGUUUCUAUAGAGCUAAAUAUGAAGAUAAAUUGACAGGAGAAAUCAAAUAUAUGGCAACAACUCAAAUGGAACCAACUGACGCAAGAAGAGCAUUCCCAUGUUUUGAUGAGCCAAAUUUGAAGGCUUCCUUUGGUAUCACUCUUGUUUCCGAUCCUUCCUUGACUCAUUUAUCUAAUAUGGAUGUUAAAGAGGAACAUGUUGAAAAUGGUAAAAAGUUCACCACUUUUAACGUUACUCCAAAGAUGUCAACUUAUCUUGUUGCAUUCAUUGUUGCUGAAUUGAAAUACGUGGAGUGCAAAGAUUUCAGAAUUCCUGUUAGAGUCUACGCUACUCCAGGUAGUGAAAAAGAUGGUCAAUUUGCAGCUGAUUUAACUGCUAAGACUUUGGACUUUUUUGAAAAUACUUUUGGUAUCAAAUACCCAUUACCAAAAAUGGAUAACGUUGCAGUUCAUGAAUUCUCUGCUGGUGCAAUGGAAAAUUGGGGGUUAGUUACUUACAGAGUUGUUGAUGUACUAUUAGAUGAGAAAAAUUCUACAUUAGACCGUAUCCAAAGAGUUGCUGAAGUUGUUCAACAUGAAUUGGCUCAUCAAUGGUUCGGUAAUUUGGUUACUAUGGACUGGUGGGAAGGUUUAUGGUUAAACGAAGGGUUCGCUACAUGGAUGUCGUGGUAUUCUUGUAAUGAAUUCCAACCUACAUGGAACGUUUGGCAACAAUAUGUCACUGAUACUUUACAACAUGCAUUAAAUUUGGAUUCUUUGAGAUCAUCUCAUCCAAUCGAAGUGCCAGUUAAAAGAGCUGAAGAUAUCAAUCAAAUUUUCGAUGCUAUUUCUUACUCUAAAGGUGCUUCUUUAUUAAGAAUGAUUUCCAAAUGGUUAGGUGAAGAUGUUUUUAUUAAGGGUGUUUCUCAAUAUUUAAGCCAAUUCAAGUACGGUAACGCUAAAACUGAAGAUUUAUGGACAGCUUUAUCAAAAGCAUCCGGUAAGGAUGUCAGUUCUGUCAUGAAUAUCUGGACUAAAAAGGUUGGUUUCCCAGUCAUCUCCGUGAAGGAAGAAAAUAAUAAAAUUACUUUUACUCAAAACCGUUAUUUAUCUACUGGUGAUGUUGAAUCUAAAGAAGACAAAACUUUGUAUCCAGUUUUCUUAGCUUUAAAGAGUAAAGAUGGUGUUGAUAACUCUUUAGUGUUGAAUGAAAGAUCCACAUCUGUUGUCUUAAAGGACGCCGAUUUCUUUAAGGCGAACAGCGAUCAAUCUGGUAUAUACAUUACUUCGUAUUCAGAUGAAAGAUGGGCCAAAUUCAGUAAACAAGCUCAUUUAUUAUCUGUCGAAGAUCGUACUGGUUUAGUUGCUGAUGCAAAGAGUCUUUCUGCCUCUGGUUACACUUCCACUACUAACUUCUUAAAUUUGGUUGCUAAUUGGAAAGAUGAAGAAUCUUUUGUUGUUCUUGAUCAAAUUAUUAACAGUAUUAGUUCAUUGAAGGCAACUUGGGCAUUUGAACCUGAAGAAGUUAGAGAUUCCUUAGAUGCUUUCACCAGAUCUUUAGUUUCAGAAAAGGCACAUACUUUAGGUUGGGAAUUCAAUGACUCUGAUUCAUUUGCCACUCAACGUACUAAGGUUGCUCUAUUUAGUGCAUCCUGCGCUGCAAGAGAUCCUGUUACUGAAAGGAGUGCUAUUGAAAUGUUCGAAAAAUAUGUUGCUGGUGACAAGAAGGCAAUUCCAGCCUUAAUCAAACCAUCUGUUUUCAAUACUGCCGCAAGAGUUGGUGGUGAGGAAAACUAUGAGAAAAUUUAUCAAAUCUAUAAAAACCCAUCUAAUAAUGAUGAGAAGAUUGCUGCUUUAAGAACUCUAGGUAGAUUUAAAGAUGCUAAAUUAUUGGAAAGAACCUUAGGUUACUUAUUAGACGGUACUGUUUUGAACCAAGAUAUCUACAUUCCAAUGCAAGGUAUGAGAGCUCAUAAGGAAGGUAUCGUAGCUCUCUGGGGUUGGUUGCAAGCAAAUUGGACAGAAGUCUCCAAGAGAUUACCACCAGGAUUAUCUAUGUUAGGUUCAGUUGUCACCAUUUGUACUUCUGGGUUCACUUCUUUCAAAGCGAUCGAUGAAAUCAAGGCAUUCUUUGACAAGAUCUCUACGAAGGGUUUCGAUCAAGGUUUAGCUCAAUCAUUGGAUACAAUCAAAUCCAAGGCCCAAUGGGUAAACAGAGAUCGCGAAAUGGUAAAGCAAUACUUAAAAACUAAUGGAUACUCUAAGUAA